GUGCGGGCUGGAGGCCGCCCCACCUCCGCCUCCUGCCCGGAGCCGCUGGAGCAGCUCGGUGCGUUGCACCGCGGGAGGCUGGACUGGCUCUCUCCGCUGCACUGCGCCGCACCCAAGCUGGUGGGCGGCGGGGCUCACAGCCCGCGUCGUGCACGGCACCCGGGCACUGCGGUGAGCGCCCUCUCCCGCAUCGGCCCCUAGUACCCGGGAGCUCGGUUCUCGCUGCGCCUCAGCCGGCCCUGCCCCCGCCCGGAGGGAGGGGAGUCCUGCGGUCGCCCCCAGCCAGGCUGCGGAGCUGGGGCCGCGUCCCCGUGCCCAGCGCAGAGGAGCGGUGCAGCCGGGAGUGGCUUGGCCCACCGGGAAGAUGAGCUUCUUCGGCUUCGGGCAGAGCGUGGAGGUGGAAAUCUUGCUGAACGAUGCGGAGAGUCGGAAGCGGGCCGAGCACAAGACAGAGGACGGCAAGAAGGAGAAAUAUUUCCUCUUCUACGACGGGGAGACGGUCUCUGGCAAGGUGAGCCUCGCGCUCAAGAACCCCAACAAGCGGCUGGAGCACCAGGGCAUCAAGAUCGAAUUCAUCGGGCAGAUCGAGCUCUACUAUGAUCGUGGGAAUCACCAUGAGUUCGUCUCCCUGGUGAAGGACUUGGCCCGACCUGGAGAAAUUACCCAAUCACAGGCGUUUGACUUUGAGUUCACCCACGUGGAGAAGCCCUAUGAGUCCUAUACGGGACAAAAUGUGAAACUACGGUAUUUCCUUCGAGCCACCAUCAGCCGCCGCCUCAACGAUGUUGUCAAGGAGAUGGACAUUGUGGUUCAUACACUCAGCACCUACCCGGAGCUGAACUCCUCCAUUAAGAUGGAGGUGGGCAUUGAGGACUGUCUGCACAUUGAGUUCGAGUACAAUAAAUCCAAAUACCACUUGAAAGACGUCAUUGUCGGAAAGAUAUAUUUCCUGCUGGUGAGAAUCAAAAUCAAGCACAUGGAGAUAGACAUCAUCAAGCGGGAAACAACAGGCACAGGCCCCAAUGUGUACCACGAGAAUGACACGAUAGCCAAGUAUGAGAUCAUGGAUGGGGCCCCAGUGCGAGGAGAGUCCAUCCCUAUCCGGCUUUUCUUGGCGGGCUACGAGCUCACCCCUACCAUGCGGGACAUCAACAAGAAGUUCUCUGUGCGCUAUUACCUCAACUUGGUGCUGAUAGAUGAGGAAGAGAGACGCUACUUCAAACAGCAGGAAGUGGUGUUAUGGCGGAAGGGUGAUAUUGUACGGAAGAGUAUGUCCCACCAGGCAGCCAUCGCCUCACAACGCUUUGAGGGCACGACCUCGCUGGGUGAGGUGCGGACCCCCAGCCAGCUGUCUGAUAACAACAGCAGGCAGUAGGCCCCCGGGGCCAAGAAGUGACUGGGCUCACACCCAGCACACCAUCAACCAAACACCAGUGGCUGGGGAGGGGGAGGACGGUGUGCUCAGCUGACCCAUCACUUGCAACCUGAAAACAAAUCAUGUUUUGACUUAAAUUCUUUUCUCUGAAGAACCUAAGGGGCAUGGGUUGGGAAGCAGUCUCCCAGAGUUUCUGCUGCCACUGUGGGCAUACAGAGAAGGGGGCACCCCACCCCCAUUUAGUCUCUGGGUAAAAAAAAAAGCCUGGUGUUGAGGCCUCCCUGUGUGGGGCUAUGUCAUGUCUUCUAAGAGAGCAGAGCAGGUGUCCUGAGCUCCUAGUUCUCCGGGCUUCCUGAUGUGGGAUCUGAGCAUUGUCCCUGCAAUCCUGAGAUGCUACCGAGGCCCUGGGUAAUCACAUAUUCCCUGUACGGUCCCUGAGGUAGCAGCAGGAGUUAGGUCUGCCCCAUCCUAAAUAGCAGGGGGAGAUUUAAGAUUAGGAAGCUACCUCUUCAGGAGUCUUGGGUGUGGUGCUGGGAAGUCUCCACAGGCCACCGCUCUUCUGGCCUUUCUCGCACUGCUGGCACCCAAGCACCUCCCUUCUCCAGCUCCUACAAAUCCUUGUCUGUGGCAUCCUGGAGCAGGGCCAAAGUAGGUCCCCUGGGAAGGUAUCUGCCUGUCUUCACCCCAUGGCUCCACUGGUCAGCACUGAAUUUGGCUGGCUGUAAGGUAUUGCUCUGUUCCCUGCAAGCCCAUACAGAAGCCUCCAUUUCCUUUCAGAAGAGAUCUGUUUGCUUUCCUAAAUGUUGACCCUCAUCACUCCUUGUUCUCCAUUUAAUUUCUGGGAAAUGGGGCUUGGUUUCAAACACUUAUAAGUUGUGUUUCUUCCCUAAGUCUCUUCACUCCCUACUUAUGAGGGAAGGAGGGAAAUGCAGGCCUCAACAGAAGACUUUGCUGUACAGCCUCAGAAUAAGUCUGCUUGCCAAAUGAUGUUUUUGUCAUCACUAGUAAUUGACCAGAAUUUAGGACCACUGGUGUGGUUUUUUGUUGUUGUUGUUUAUUUUUAAAGCACAUACACAAAAACUCAUGCACAUUCAUGUUUUUGCUAGAGGGGGCAGCUGCCUCUGUUGCACUGUGCUUCUCAGGACUGUUGUAAGUCAAGGUGUUAACAUUCUUUCCUCUGACAGUCUCCUUUUCUUUCCACAAAGAUCAAGCCUAUCUUUGUGGAAAGAAGUAAGUCCUAUGUUUGGCAGUCUGAGUUCUUGGUACUUUGGAACACUGAGACAGUUGGUCCCCAUGUCCAUUUUUCAGUUGGAAUGAAAAAAAUGGGGGCUCCUUUCUUGAGAAGUUGGUGCAGUCUUGGGCUUUUGGUAUAACUCUUGGAGGAGAUCUGAGACUGAAGGGAGAGGCAUCUGGGAUGACACAUGGGGUUGAUAGAGGACAGCAGAACCAAGGAAGAUGGAGUACCCUAUCGCCCACUGCUGGAGCCUGAGUUCAGGUGCAAUGAACAAUCCCCAUGGGAACAGGAUCACCCAGCCAGCUGCCCCUGAACUUAAAGCUGGGACUGAGGGGCCUGAGUGUAUGGGGCCUGAGGUUCCUGGUUUGAAGUGUCCAAGGAAGGUGGCUUCUGUGUUGUAUGCCUUUAUCAAAACAUGAGAGAUUCAGAUCUGGUGUGCCUGCCUCUGUAGCUGAUGUGAUAACUAGAAAGCAUCUGUCCAUUCCUCUGCCUCCCAGAUGACAACACAACUUCAUUUUUCAACUUUCCUAACAUCUUUGACCUUUUUUUCUGGGAGAAUUAGGAGAUAGAAUCUGCUUUUACUCUCUCAGGAGCUGUGCAUAAGCCAGGUCUUAUAUUUUCUCUUCCUCUACUGCCCUUUCUCUACUUCUCUGUCCAGGGAAGAAGUGGGGAGGCACCUGUGCCCCUCCUUACAGGUCCCUACACCUGGGAGAACGUAGGUACUAAACCAAGCAGUGCAACUUGUAAUUAAGCAGCUGCAGUGUUUACAUGUUUCCUAAUGUGUCAUCUUUUCAAUGGCUGUACUUAAAAAAAAAAAAAAAGAAGAAGAAGAAGGAAAGAAAGAAAAACACUUGUUUCAGUUAUCUCUGAUUAAAGGAAGCCCCUGUGGCUUGGAGGCAUCAUGCCCAUGGUCCACCAGG